GUCAAGAAAAUGGAUGGAUGGAUGAUUGGAGUAUGAUUUUUUGUAUCUAUUUAUCCAGAUUUCACAGCAAUACAGGAAAUAUGUGAUAAUUAAUAUGUAUAGUGAAAAAUGGAUAAAUGUAGAAAGUAGGGAUUAAGUUGGAUUGUAAAAUUCCAUGUUUGUUUGUUUUUUAUUAUUUUGUAUGUACAGUGUAACCUUGGAGAAAACUGGAUUUUCAAAUAUUUCCAAUCUUUUUUUUAUUUAUUUAUUUUUAGAUUUAACAUAAAAACAUAAAAACCAUUCUGUUAAUGUUGACUGGUGCUUUGGAAACAUCUGACAUUUGUUAAAGUUUAACCUUGUAUUUGUUGAGAAACAGUGAGUUUGAACAUAGCACAAUUAAGGGAAGUGCUAUGUUCAAAGUUGACCACAAGAUGUCCCUGUGGAUCAGGAUUUUAAUCUUGAAAACUUUUAUUUUGAAAGCAAGACUUUAUUAUGUUGUGUCCCGGUUUUAAGAGGAAGUUGUGGGUGGGGUUUGUUCAGGUACUUUAUCCUCUGACCAGCUCGCUGUUCUCAUUCAGACCUUUGCCGUUAACAGACUCGUACCGGUAAUAGAAAUGGCAGCUUCAUAUCUGACCACCGUGGCUGACUUGAUAGCGGAGGUUGGCGCUAACUCUAGGGGAACAUCGCCGUACAAGAAAUGGAAAGGAAUUAAGGUCAAAGUCGUUGCGGCUAGGAAUUUUGCUAAAUGUACGGAGUUUAUUUUUACUGAGAAAGGAGUUUCUGUGGGCCGUGAAAAAACAUCGGUUUCGUUCAGCGCUGCAGAUAAUACCGGGAUAGUUAAAAUCUCAGCCGAUCAAGAGUGCUUCAGGGAGAUCGGCAUGUGCUUGACGGAGGGAAAGACGUACAUGAUUAAGAAUUUUGGUGUGCUGAAUGCAGUGAAGGAUGGAAGCCUCCAAAUUUAUUUGAGAGCAAGUUCCAAAGUCUACCGCUGUGCUCCAAUCGUCCUGUCCGAAGAAAGAGCCGCACAAGCAGAACAGGUUCUCAACCCGCGAUCCCCCGUGAAAGGUCGGCUGGACGAUGCUACUCCCAGUGGCUUGUUUACCGUUCAGGGAAGGAUCUCUUCACUGUCUGCCAUCCGCAAAAUUCAGGGUGCUGAUGGAGUGAUUCCAGUGAGAGAUCUGGAUGUCUGCGGGGAUGAUGGGGCCAUAAUUCCAGUGACCCUGUGGAGGGAGGCAGCUCUCCAGGACGUGGCAGCAAAUUCUUCAGUGUCCAUCAGCCACCUCAGGAUAAGCAAGCAUACCACGUUCGGGACCAAAGCUGCAUCCACGAAAUAUACCAUCAUUGAGGAGGUGCCAGUCUCUUCAAGGAAGGUGUCCAUCACCAUAAAUGGUGUAGCGGUGUCCACGGAGGAGGUGCUGAUAAGCACGGUCCAGGGAGGUGAAUUUAAAACCUCUUGGGACAUUCUUCAGCAGAUGGCACCUGGUGUAGAGCAGGAGGACAUGUAUGACUUGUUACCAUUAAAAGUUGAUGUGGAUGUAGAAGGUGAAAAUAUCAUCAAAGUGCAUCAUUAAGUUAAAGCUCAAAAGUGUUCAACGUUGUUGGAACACUAGUGCCUUAGGCUGUGUGAGGACAGCACGGUUUUUAAGGAUUUAACCAAGUUUAUUUUCUUGGAGUUUGGACAAUGUCAUUUUUUUAAGUUAGAUGUGGUAGUAGUAAUUUUAGAACUUUAUGUUUAUUUAUAUAUGUAUAUAUACAUGUAAAUCUACCAGAGUUUACAGUCAUAUUCAUAUAUAUUUAAAUAAUGUAGAAAUAACGCUGUUUGCACCUUCGGUUCACAUGUACCAUAACUAUUGAGCCAGUCUUUAUUUUUCUACUAUUUGUAAUGAGAGACUAAAGUUUAUUUGUUACAUUUUGUUAAAGAUAAAAAAUAUUUUAUUACUAUACAUUACUAUACAAUACUGUUUGUGAUUGACAUUCAUGUUUAUUUGGAGAAGGAUCUGAUUUUUGUUUUGAUCUCAACCUCAUGAGGAUUUUCUGUUUGAAAAUGCAAAGUUUUUAUCCACUGUUUUUCUUUUCAAUAAAGCUUUUUGUGAAUAA